UUCGCGGGAGUUGUGGUUGUCAGUGGACUGUACAGCUCUUGUUGACGAGUAAGCUGUGAAUUCCUUUCUGUGAAUGAAAGUUAAUUAUUUCCUUUAAUUGCAUCUAAGUUUAUGAUAAAGUUAUUGUAUCAUGCCUGGCUUGAGAAGUGUACUUGCAAAUGGGCCAAUAAACGAUCGCUCAGAAUUGUCAACAGAAGAAGAAAUAAGAGUAAUCAAAAGACUUGAAGACCUGAAACAAAAACUGGAGGAUGAAGAUGUGACAUUAAAGGGUUAUUGGAAGGAGGUGUGCCAUGUUUGCAGUGACUUACUUCCUCAAAGUACGAAGGAUCAAGUAAAAAUUACUGAAAGCAGGUUCAAGCAAAAACUGAUUACUGAGGAACAAUAUGCAAAUGAAGUAAAAGACUUAGUUGCCUGUAUCAUAGAGAAAGCUGUUGAAGGAGUUAAUCUCGUAAAUGAAAAGAAUGUGAUUGAAGAUAGUGAACAAAGUGAAAAAUCAGAUGGUCUUAAAAAUAUGCAUGAGACAUUGGAGUCAGACUAUGAAAAUGCUGCUGGAAGUAAUGAAGACAAUAUGGAUAAAGAUGAGAAUGUUGCUAGAAGUAGUGAAAGCGAAGAAGUUCAAUCUGAGAAAGAAGCUGAAAAUUUAGAUAAUCAAGGAGAUAAUACAACAUCAAGUUAUUCGGCCAGCAAGAAAGAACAGUUGACAAUCAAAGAUGCCUUCAGUAAUAUAUCCAAGAAACGAAGACAUGAGGAUGUUGAAAGUAAAAAUAUUUCCAAUUCUAUGGUGGAUAGGAAUAGUAAACGAAAAAAGUCAGAAGAUAGUCAGGAAGAAAGAACAACAAAUAAAGAAGUCAAGCCACCAGCUCAACCUCCUUUAAAGUGUAAAGAAUGUGGACAGUUAUUAGAUAACACAGACCUUGUAAUGUUUACUGGAGAUCCGGAAAAUUCUGUGGAAGAAUUUAUUAUGCUGACAGACCCUCAUCUAUCACUGUUUACGGGAGAAGAAAAUGAAGACAACAUGGAAGACAUUAGUGAAAGACCUCAGCAUAAAAUAACUCAAUUCAGUGUGUAUGAUCGUAACACACACUUGUGUCCUUUUGACUCUGGGCUUAUAGAGAAGAACAAAGAACUGUACUUCAGUGGUUUUGUAAAACCAAUCUAUGAAGAAGAUCCUAGUUCGCAGGCAUUUGCUGACUACAUUCUGAUGGAACCUAGUGAGAGUUAUAAACCAUUUAUGGAUGCCAUGAAAGAAAAGAUUCAUAUUAGUAAGACAGUUACUGAAUUUCUUGUUAACAACCCUGAAGCAACAUAUGAAGAUUUGCUGAAUAGAAUUCAGACCACUGUGCCACCUCAAGGAUUGACAUCAUUCACAGAAGAAUCUCUCUUAAGACAUGCUCAGUUUGUAGUAGAUCAGAUUCAGAGUUAUGAUUCUGCUGCUGCAGACGAUGAGUUUCUUAUAAUAGCUUCACCUUGUAUGAGAGCCCUGAUUAAGUUGGCUGGUGUCACUCUUGGAAAGCGACGAGCUUUGAGACGUGCUGAACGAGAGAUAAAGGUAAAAAGGCCAUCAUUUUCACUUGCUACAACAACACCCCUGGUACAUGCUGUGUUUGAGCACUUCUUUCAAGAGCAACUACAGAAAGAUAAUAAUAAUAAAGGUGCUACAGUUCGACGUAAAAGAUGUGGUGUCUGUGAAGCUUGUCAGCAGCCUGACUGUGGAAAAUGUAUUGCUUGUAAAGACAUGUUGAAAUUUGGUGGAAGUAGCCGCAGUAAACAAGCUUGUUCAAAAAGAAGGUGUCCAAAUAUGGCAGUUCAAGAAGCAGAAGAUGAUGAUGCCCAGAAUGAGGAAAUGGAAGACGAUAUGGACAGGAAAGCGAAAGAAACAUCUGUGAAAACUAUGAAGAAACAUCAAACAAAGAAACAAAAGACAGUGAUUACUUGGGUUGACAAGCCACAUCAGAUAGAAAAUGGAAAUAAGUACUACAAGGCUGUAAAGAUAAAUGAUGAUAUGUUGAAUGUGGUGACAGUGUAUCAGUGGCACCUGAGGACCAGCACUCCUGUGUACAUAGCUCGUGUUGUUUACAUGUGGGAAUCACCAAGUGGAGCCAAGAUGUUUCAUGCACACUGGUUCUGCCGAGGGUCAGAUACGGUAUUAGGAGAGACGUCAGACCCUCAGGAAUUAUAUGUAGUGGAUGAAUGUGAAGACUCCCAACUUGAUUUUGUCAUCUGUAAAUGUGAGGUUAUGCAUAAACCUGUUUCAGAAAACUGGGGUACACAAGGUGGUUUUCAUAAUGAAGAAAAUGAAGGACUAGCUCAUGAUGAAGAAAAGAAGAAAUUCUUUUAUCAAAAAUGGUAUGAACCUCAGAUUUGUCGCUUUGAAGACCCUCCAGAUCUUACAAUACCCAACUCUAAAGAUGUCAGACAGUUGUGUAUCAGUUGCAAAAGAAUGACUAGGCUUCGUGAGCUGGAAAUAGCACAAGUAGGGGAGAUUCUGGAAGACCGAGAAAAAAAGAUCUUUUAUAAAGCUGUGUCUUGGAACACGCGAGAUUUCAGAGUAGGUGACUGUGUUUACCUUCUGCCAGAAGCAUUUUCCUUCCCACACAAGUCUAAGACUCAGGGAUCCAAGAUGAUUUCCAAGAAAGAUGUGGAUGAAGAGAUGUAUCCAGAGUAUUACCGUAAGACUGAUUACGUUAAAGGAUCAAAUCUUGAUGUUCCUGAACCUUUCUGUAUUGGGAAAAUUAACAGCAUAUUCAAGCACAAUAAUCAGUUAGGAAAGAGCAAUAGUAUAAAAUUAAUAGUGACUAAAUUUUAUAGGCCUGAAAACAUUCAUAUAUUGAAGACAGCAAGUUAUAUGCAAGAUCUUAAUCUACUGUUUUGGAGUGAUGAAGAGGUUGAAGUAGACUUUUCUCUGCUUCAGGGUAAAUGCUAUGUGGUGUACAGUGGUAACCUUACCCAGAGUAUUCAUGACUUUACUCUAACUGGACCAGAUAGAUUCUACUUUAAUGAGGCUUACAAUAGUAAAACCAAGACGUUUGAAGAACCUCCAUCAAUUGCAAUGUCUAUGGGUGGUCAGGGAAAAGGAAAAGGGAAAGGAAAAGGCAAAGGAAAGGGUAAAAACAAACCAGAUUUGGAGAUCUUCCCAGAAGUAGUCAUGGAAACAUAUCCUGCUGUUUCUCAGAAAUUGAGAACAUUAGAUGUCUUUGCUGGUUGUGGAGGCUUGUCUGAAGGUUUUCAUCAGGCUGGAUUAGUAGAUACAUUGUGGGCUAUUGAGAAAGAAGAUCCUGCUGCUCAAGCCUUUCGUUUGAAUUUUCCUGACUGUACAGUAUUUUCAGAUGACUGUAAUGUUCUCCUUAAGAUGGUUAUGGAGGGUCAAACCUGCAACGAGAAAGGACAGAGACUUCCUCAGAAAGGUGAAGUGGAACUUCUCUGUGGAGGACCCCCAUGUCAAGGGUUUAGUGGAAUGAAUCGGUUUAAUUCUCGACAGUAUUCACUUUUUAAGAAUUCUCUUAUAGUAUCAUACUUGAGCUACUGUGACUAUUAUCGGCCAAAAUAUUUCUUGUUGGAGAAUGUGAGAAACUUUGUUUCCUUCAAACGCAGUAUGGUUCUGAAACUGACCCUUCACUGCCUCUUACAGAUGGGUUACCAGUGCACUUUUGGUGUUUUGCAGGCUGGUAACUAUGGAGUCCCACAAACAAGGCGGAGAGCUAUAAUCCUGGCAGCAGCACCUGGUGAGAAAUUGCCUUACUACCCUGAACCCACUCACACCUUUGCUCCAAGAGCAUGUCAGUUGUCUGUGAUGGUAGAUGACAAAAAGUUCUUAUCUAAUGCUAAAUGGACAACUUCGGCACCAUACCGAACCAUUACUGUUCGAGAUGCAAUGUUUGAUCUUCCUGAAAUAAAAAAUGGAGCUAAAGCAGAAGAAAUCCCUUAUAAUGGAGAGCCUUUAUCUCACUUUCAGAAACUUAUGCGAGGGAAACAUUGCAGUCCUGUUCUUAGAGAUCAUAUUUGCAAAGAAAUGAGUUCCCUGGUUGAAGCUCGUAUAAGAAAUAUUCCACUGGCUCCUGGCUCUGACUGGCGAGACUUGCCCAACCUGGUUCUUCGACUCUCUGAUGGCUCUUACACCAGAAAACUACGCUACACACAUCAUUGUAAAAAAAAUGGUCGAAACUCUUUUGGUGGCUUAAGAGGAGUUUGUUCUUGUGCUGAGAGAAAGGCAUGUGAUCCUAUGGACCGACAGGACAACACUCUUAUCCCAUGGUGUCUUCCGCAUACAGGAAACCGUCACAACCAUUGGGCUGGUUUGUAUGGCCGUUUGGAAUGGAAAGGUUUUUUCAGUACAACUGUUACAAACCCUGAGCCAAUGGGCAAACAGGGUCGAGUUGUUCAUCCUGAGCAGCAUCGUGUGGUCAGCGUGAGAGAAUGUGCUCGGUCACAGGGGUUUCCUGAUCACUACCGUUUCUUUGGUAACAUUCUUGAUCGACAUCGACAAAUUGGAAAUGCAGUUCCUCCACCAUUGGCAAAGGCAAUUGGUCUUGAAAUUUUGAAAUGUGUGGCUUAUGAAGCUGAAAAAACUCCCCGUAUGCAUGUAGAAUUUGAAAAAUCUAAACAUGUAUCGGAAAGUACAUCAAAGGAACAUGUUUAAUAGAAUGCCAAUGUGUGCCUUUAACAGCUGUAAUAAAAAAAAAUAGUAAAUGUUUGAAGGGUACAAGGGCAGGGUAGUAUUGUUUUAAUGUAGUAUGUUAAUAAGUACUUUUUUUUUUUUACUUUUUACAAGAUUUUAUAAUUUCUUCCUUAGGAUUUUAAUAUGAACUUAUUGUGAAAUACUGUAGAUUUAUGACAGUUUGUCUGAAAAUUUUUAUUCAUCUUAUAUA